CCUGCUAGCAAUUCUCGAAGUGGUGUGAGCAAAAGAGGUCGCGCACCUUUUCAUAACAACAGCCGACAUUUUCUCUGAGUGAAUCUUUUAUUUUGCACGCGAGCACAUUUAGCCGUAAUUUAGUGUAAUUCGCCACGCGGAUUGAUAAUUGCUGGAACGCGCUUAAUCGAGACGCGCGCGAUCCUAGUAUUUUAAAACGUGAACCGUCUGUGAUAUUUUCUUAUUGAUACGCAACUAUAAACAAAGGCAUCGAAGCAGCCAACUAACUCUCUCGCUCUUUCGCCAACUGCCUUUUACCGACACAACAACUGUUUCUGACCAAUACUUUCUGGCCAUUUCAACAUGUCCGAAGAGGCUGUCGGCAAUCAGCAGCUGGAUGGCAACAAUCAGUCGCCAGAGCAUCUAGAUGAACCAAAAAACAAUGAAGUAAAGGAGCAACUCGCGGAGAACGAUGCUGAACUGGACCGGCCAAAGGAGCCCAGGCUGCAGUACACGCGGGAUGAGCUGAUGGCAUUGAAGGCCCAUCCCUUGUGCAUCCUCCGACCGGACUGUUUUGACCCCAGCAAGAACAAGAGGGUUGCCAACUUGAGUUGCAUCAAAGACUUUGGACAGGCGACAGCUGGUCAAAGUGGAGGCGGCGGUGGACGCGCCUGGGAGAGGGGCAAGCAGGACUCGCCCACCCCGGCUGACGACCCCAACGCCAUCGUUCUUGGGCCUGAGAAGGUGAAGCGCGUGGCCGAUCCGAGGGAGCGCAUCCGCAAAGAACAGGAUGGCAUCGUGCUCAGUCCUCAACGGCGAAGCUUCAACACUGGUUGUUUUGUUCCUGGGGGUGGCUUGGCCGCUGGGUGCGGCAUGGGGGCCAACGCUGUAGCCCCCAAUGCCCCCAGACGGCCUGAGAGCCCCCUCGGAAAAGGGGAUAGUAGAGAUAAUCAAAUACGUGAGAUACCUACUCGUCGCAUUGGCUCUGGCCGGAUUAUGAAUCGUGAGGCCGAGAGCAAUGCAGGAGGCGGCGGACGGGGCUGGGACUUCAACGAACGUAGCGGCGGCCGCAUGAGCAGUGAGAAAGACGACUUUUCCUCCUUCCGAGGGCUUCGCGAGCGCGAUCGUGACGAAAGAUACGACCGCCGCUCCUUCGGCCGGGAGUUCGAGAGGAACGAAAAAGAUAGACGUGGCGGGCAGGGUUCCAGAUAUGGCAAUGACCGCCGCCGUGAUAGAGAUGAUGAACCAGAGUGGUUCUCUGGCGGACCAACCUCACAGCAUGACACGAUUGAGUUGCACGGAUUUGAAGAUGGAGACGGUAAAAAGAAGAAAAAGCAGGGCACGCCACCAAAAGCAAAGUCACCAGUUUCUAAAGAGGAGGAAGGUGAGAGGGCAGUCGAGCAAGUAGUCGAGGAUAAAAAAGUUGAGCCUGAAGUGGUCAAAGGGAAAGAAAACAUUGAACCAAAAGCGGAAGCGUCCAAGGAUUCUUUCAACAUUGAGGAAUUCCUCAAGCAUGAUAUCCAUGGAGACUUGAGUCACGUAUUUGCUCCUGGUGGCUAUCAGAACGAAGCCACUGAGCAAGCUGGAGGCUCUAGAUUUAGUCGCUUCUUUAAACCAGAGAGCCCAACCGACAACAGAAGGUCAUCUAUCCAAGACGAAUUUCUCGGCAGUUUCAUGAAAGAAAUAGACGAGCCAAAGGUAAACAUACCUGCUCCAGGAGGAUCAGAGGCGUAUUUCGCACCAAUCUCACCUGCGGCUGCGGGAAGUAGUGGCCCCGCAGCAGAAGCUGACAAGUCAAGCAACUUGCUAGCUAUGCUGCAGCGUGGUCAGCAGCAGGAGAAGCACUCCAAGAUCAAGGAACUUGAGAGGAGUGGCCGCUUUCACAGUGUGGAGGAGCUGGAGGCGAAAAUGCUGCAGCAUAAUCUGAAUGCGUCUCGCCAGUCGGACAAAGACCAAGAGGCGUUUCAAAAGCUGUUUAUGCAGACGUCUCAGGAAGCUGGAUCUGGACCUGAAGACUUAUCUGAAAACGGAAAGGACCGCAAGGAUGGUCAGUCAGGCAAACCAAAUCCUGCGUCUCGACUUUCAGGUCGCAUCAUUUCGCAGGGCAACAAAGAUAUUGAUCCAGCCAUGUUUGGUGCUUACUCAGAGCAGAAGGGUCAUCCUCAACAGCAGAUCCAUCCUCAGCAGCAACAGCAGCAGCAGAUGCCAGCUGUUCCGCAGGAUGUUCUGCUGAAACUUCUUGAAUUGCAGCAACAACAAGUUCAACAGCAGCAGUUGCACCGCCAGCAGCAACAACAGCAAGAGAGCAAGUUCUACGGUGGCCGGGGAAUCUUUGGUGGCGGAAGUGCUGCCACUUCUUCCCCAGUUCCACCUGAUGUGCAGGCUUUCAUGCACAACGUGCACCCGAAUCAUGACAUGAUUAUGAGACCUGAAGCUCAAAACAUUCUCGAAGGUCUCCGACAUGGCAAGCUGACAGUGCAGCACCUUGUUCACCAGCUGCACAACCAGACCAUGAACCCGCGCGUCAAGGAGAUGGUGGCUGGCGUGAUUAAGGUUCACCUCCAGCACCAGCAGCAACAACAGGCCAGAGCAGCGUCACCACUUGUGCCAAUGCACCAGCAAAUGCGGAUAACGUCGCCAAUGAACGGUGGCGAAGCGCUCAUGCACCAAGGUUUCCCGUCUAUGGGAGGUGUUUUAGGCACCAGUCCUGUUCCCCCAAUUCAAAGCUCCUCGUUGACGGUGCAGCAUUCAGGGAUCCCUCACCGAGUACCUUCACCGCAUGAGCUCAUUAUGCACACGCGCCAAAUCAUGCAGAAUGCCUUGCUGAAGAAAAAAUUGGAGGAGCAGUCUGAGAAUUUCCAUCGCAAGCAGGAGAAACAGAGGGCCAUGUCGCCUUCUAGCAACAAGCCAUCGUCAUCUUCACCACUUGCUUUCACGCCCACUUCUGUACUGCGUAAGAUGACUGCAGAGAAGGACUUUGAAUCUGGUAAACUGAUUAAUGCCUCACCAUUUUGUUGUGUACUUAAAGCAAAAUUAAAUUCAGCUGAUCCUAAAUCGGCCAAUCGUCCUCACAUGCCUUUGGAGCAGCACAGCAACUGGAAGUCCAUUGAGCCUGUCGCGCCCAAGCCCCAGCAAGGGCGUCCCAUAGUCAAAGGUGGCAGCAACCAGCAGCAGCCACCCUUUAAUUUCCAGCAAGACAUGACCAGAGUUUCGCAGCCAAACAUGAUGGGCAUGCAGAGAAUGAUGGGUGCUCCAAAGAUGGGUGCCAUGCAGCAGCAACAGGCUUUCAUGAAUCAGCAGAACAUGUUCCAACCGCAAAAUAGAGAUUUGCCAAUGGAUAAUAGCGGAAGUAAUUUACUACUGCAGCAGCUACUCUCAGGCCAGAGGUCCAUCAACUCCAUCAACAUGGCUCAGCAGCAACCACAUGGCAUGCCGCGCCCGUUGCGAGGUCAGCAGGCCGACUCGUCUAGUAGCACCAACUUGUCGCAGUGGUUCUCGGGUGCUGGGCAAAUGGGCGCCAUGCCGCCCAUUCCGACCGCGAACACGUUUAGCGUGGAGGAGCUGGAGCGCAGACAGCAACCAACCACCGCCACGCCCGUGCACAACUAGCCGAUCAUUCGAGAACAAACGCUGUCGUCCAACAGAAAAAGAACGAACUUAACUGGCGAAAUAGUGCAGGCCGGAAUCGGUCAAGCCCUCAAUGUGAUACUGAAUGAAUGCGAGCCGGGUGUCUGCUAGAUUGUUGAGUAAUUUUAGACUUGUACAAAGAGCAAAGAGAAUCAUUGUCCUGCUACAGAUUGCAACUGAGAGAGGCUGACUAAUUAAUAUUAAUUAAUUGUGUAGAGUGUAGGGAGAAAGUGAAGGAUAUUACUCUCGCAUACAUUAUUAUUUAUCUUUUAAGUUGGGCGCCAACUCUCGUGGCCGAAUACUCGAAUAGAUGAAUCAAAGCGAAAAGCGAACCCCCUCGUCUCCUAAAACGUACUUGCUAGUCGGCAAUAUUAAAACAACAACAACCAAGCGAGAACUGAAUUGAAGUAUGCAAUUGUUCUGGACGUGCGCGCGCUAACUCUUGACUUCAGUUGGCAUUCUUGAUAUAAUCCAACGUCAUUCCGUAAAGUUCAGUAAUAAAGAGAAGGUGAGAAGACUGGUAUACAUAAUUUACUUUUUGUCAGCGAUUCCUUAUUGUGGAAGCUCAAAUUGUUUCAAUUUUAGAAUUAUUUUCUUUUCAUGUUCAAAAAAUUGAACGUAGCAGUUACACGUUCAAGUUUGACUUGAACUAAUAAAAUUUUUCAAACUUGA